GUAAACAAUAACACACACUACCUUACAAUAUGCAAGCAUCGACACUGUCCUAGCAUCUGCCCCAACCCAAUAAGCUCGCUCAUCUUACUCUAACAAACUAUCUUCUCAGCCGCGCCACUGCUGUGAUAGUAUCCCCAUAACACAACACUUGGGGAUAGGGCGGACUACUUCUUUGCACAACCAAACUGAUGCCAUCAACGCGAAUGAGAGAAGUUGAUUUUGCAAUAUCGCUCUGAGCCAAUUCCAAUGUAUUCUCACCCCGUUUCACAAUUAGCUCUACAUUGACUGAAUAUCUACCACACCAACUGAUCUCUCACUCACACCAAUCCCAAGUCCAAUCAACUAGCCGCUAUGUCAGAUACGGAUAGUGAUGAAGACCUCAAGAGAGCUAUUGCCCUAUCACUGGGCGAGAAUUUGCCGCCAUCCCGCAUGCGCAACGCGGUUGUCGUUGACCUGACCUCUUCAGAUCAAGAUGAUGAUUUGGAUGCACCUCUUACUGCCAGACAAAUCGCAUCGACGAAACCGUCAUAUCAAUCGAGAGGCAGUCCAUCCUGUGAAUCAUCUUCUAUAGAUUCGGAGAAGGGGAAGAGCAGUACGAAAGGUCUCGCACCAUCUGAGGGGGGGGAUAUCCGUUCUAAGGCCAACCCUUCAGGCGAGGCUGAUAACCCUUCAAGGUCAGAACCCUCAUCUAGCACUGUCUUCCUUGGCUUGAACCGCAAGCAAAUGGAGGAGGAACGGCUGCUAAGAGCCAACAAGCGAAAAAAGGGAGAUGAACAGCUCUUGGUGGGAAAUGUUGAAUCGCGGAAACGGAAAGCAUCAACGCCCCCGCUAUGCCCUCGAGGACAAGAUGAUCGACAAACGAAGUUGAAGCUGUCAGAAUCAUCACUCGCGUCUAAAGACUGUAGCAAGUCCUCAUCAUCCUAUCAAAGCCGACCUGGCGAGAUGAUAUCCCCGACAUUCCAAGAUCGCCGACGGGGAGCAAAUGACGCCCUCCAGGCCGCAGGUGUGCAGUUCCCACACGGCGUUGUGAAGAAAACAUGGGCCUACGGUUGCCCUCGGGAAGACGAUAUCAAGAUCGAGGAAGUUCUUCAGAAGAAUGAUCUAGAGCUUGCUGUGCUGAGUUCGUUUCAAGUGGACCCAGAUUGGGUCGCCUCGAAACUACAUCCAACAACCCGGGUCAUCUGGGUCCUCCAAGCUAAAAGCAAAGCAGAAAAAGAGAAUAUCGUAUCUGGGGCACCAAAUAAUUACAGAUUUUGUUUCCCUUCCAUGGAAGGGAAUAUCAAUUGUAUGCACUCCAAAUUACAACUGCUCGCCCACCCCACACAUUUACGCGUCGUGGUUCCCAGUGCCAACCUUGUGCCAUAUGACUGGGGUGAAAGUGGUUCGAUGGAAAAUGUCUGUUUUUUGAUAGAUCUUCCAAGGCUCCCAGAAGGCAAGUCGACAGAUACUGAGCUCACUGAAUUUGGGAAGGAACUAGUCCACUUUGUUCGAUCAAUGGGCUUGGAUGAAAAAGUAAUUGGUAGUAUGAGAAGAUUCGAUUUUUCUCGUACAUCACACCUGGCAUUUGUUCAUUCUAUUGGAGGUUCUCAUUCCGGGGAAGAUUGGAAGCGAACAGGGUACUGUGGUCUUGGUACAGCUGUCCGAAAUCUCGGUCUCCAUACCGAUGAGUCCCUGAAUAUUGAUGUCGUGGCUGCGUCAAUUGGAAAUCUCAACGAAGACUUCAUAAAGUCAAUUUAUUUGGCUGCUCAAGGUGAUAAUGGAUUGAAAGAAUAUAGAUGGCGUACGAAUCGGCCGGUGAAGAGUAAGGGGAUGACACCCGUUGAGCGUAAGCUUUCAGAUGACCUGAAAGACCGCUUCCGCAUAUAUUUUCCGACCAGGGAGACCGUCGCAAACAGUAAGGGCGGAUUGGGGGCUGCUGGCACGAUAUGUUUCCAAUCAAAGUGGUACGACUCAGAUGGUUUCCCAAGGCACCUCAUGCGCGAUUGCAAGAGCCGCCGGCCAGGCAUGUUGAUGCAUAACAAGAUGUUGUUUGUGCGGCCUCAAAAAACAAGUUCACGCGGCGGCCGAGCUUGGGCCUAUGUUGGAAGUGCGAAUCUGUCCGAAAGUGCAUGGGGACGACUUGUUAAGGAUAGAACGACGAAAGAGCCAAAGCUUAAUUGCCGCAACUGGGAGUGUGGUGUUAUUAUUUCCAUACCAGCCGCAACGUCAGGAGGCGAAGCCGACUUGGAGGCCGACGAUGUUGUCAAUAACCAUAUGACCGACCUGGAGGUGUUCCGUGGAUAUGUGCCUAUUCCUAUGCUUGUGCCUGGAGAGGGAUACGGAACGAGAAGGCCCUGGUUUUAUAACGAGCAGUGAUCCAGAGGCGUGCUUGGGGAAGAUGGACGGAAGACCACGAGACUACGAUGACUGACAGAGCGAACACCGUGUAUGAGUACAAGUACGAUAGGAGGAAGUAUGGGUCCUAGAGAGAAUAGUAUGAGUCUCUCGGAGAUGUACUCUUGGCAUGCAUCCAUCCAUCCAAGAUUGAUUCUAGAUCGGGAUUCUAGGUCGGGAUUCUAGAUAUGGCAGCGGAAGCUGUCAUCUAUAAUUGAAAGACGAACGCCACUUCCCCUG